AUGAUUCCGGUUGCUCUGGUAGUACGAUACCUGACUCACCGAUACAUCGGCGACUACGAUCCUGAUCUAGAAUCAGUGUACUCCCAACCUACGAGGAUAGAUGAUCAAAGUAUAACACUUCACGUGUUGGAUACGGCUGGUGACUUCGAUUUCGAAAGCCAGACUCGGGUGGAGCAGAUGCGUAGUACAGAUGCCUUCGUGCUCGUAUUUUCGGUCACCGAUAGAUCCAGCUUCAUCUACCUCCAUAAACUAAAACGGUUCAUCUUUAAAUCCCGUCGUGACCUCGACAAGGUCCCCACCUUGAUCCUCGGAAACAAGGCCGACCUCUGCCACCUUCGCAAGAUCACAAAGCAAGAGGGCGCACAACUGGCAAAGGAUUAUGGGAGCACGUACUGCGAAAUGAGCGCGAGCGAAGGGUAUGUGCCCAUCGUCGACGCAUUCCACGAUCUCUAUCGGGAGUUCUACCGGGCGGAGAAGCGGGCCAAGGUGCGGAAGAUUACCUCCAGGUUGCAGCUGCGACAAACCAUCAAGAAUUUUACGGACAGGCAUCUAUAUCGAUCAAGAACAAAUACGUUAUAGUCGUUGAUAAACAGUUCAUGCUGAGAUGAACGAUGGAUGUAUUGAGUCAUGGAUCAAUAUGCGGCAAGUUUUUGGACAGUGUUCGAGAAGGCUAACAACAGACUUGCAAUAUUUCAAAUUUUGCGAGAACUUAAAGGAGCGACUCCUCGCAUCGAGAUCAAGAAAAAGCGGCUUGCGAUCCGCGCGUAAUGUGCUUGCAUGAGCGCGGUCUUUUAGAUUAAAUCAUGGAACUCUUAAAGUGGCUGUAGCAUGACGAGAAAAUGGGUCUUUCCCAUAUGGCCUGACUCGAGCCAAUCGGGUAUAAUACGACUACGGACGACGUGACCGCAGUAGGCCUACGUGCGUAAACACGUGCGUGCAACAUACGCGAAACCGAAGCGUGAUGAGAACUUCGGUCUGUUUUGCGAACGCUAGCGCGCGCUCACCCAGUGUAUCAAGUCCAUUCGUUUACGUGCAGUAAACCAGUAUUUGCCAAGCUACAGCCCCUUUAAUAGCUCCCUCCCAAGUGCAAUCUCCAUGGGAGGGAUAUAUCUAUUUAGGGCACCAAACAAGAUUGACCAAUCAGUAACCAUUACCAGUACCGUAGCUAUUUCUCUCAACCAGCUAUGCAUGCAUAUAGGGGCAGAGCAGUCCAUACUUAAAGGCCCGAAUUCACAAAGGAGGUUUGUCGACAAACCUCCUUUUGUUUCGCCAAACCUCCUUUAGUUCUUUACAAAC